CCUCCCAGCAGCGCGGCGGCACUGCCAGACGGGGGCACUGUUUGCUCGUAGCAGCCUCCCUAUCGCGGUCUCCACCGCACCUCCCACGGCCCCAUCGCCCAGCCCUGCCAAGUUCUGAAAAACCCCAGUAGAGAGAGAAAGAGAGAGAAAGAAAGAGCCGCUCGGCUAGGAUCACCGCCGAGGAAAGGAGCGCACGGCACCGACCGCUCCAGCUGCAGCCGCGCGCGCGCGUCGGAAAAGCUGCGGGGCCCAAACUCCCAGGGCCCGAGGACUUUUGCACAAAAGCGUGGACGGGUGAGUGAGGAGCCCGCGAGCCCAGAGCUCACGCCCGACACCUGUUCGUGCCUCCCGCGCCACUUCCCUGCCACUCGGCCGGCCGCCCCGCGUGGCCGGCUCGCACGAUGACCCAGGCGCCGGGCAACCAGACCGAGGUGGCGAGUCUAUUGCUGGCCAACAGCAGCGAGGCGCUGGAGCGGGUCCUGCGCUGCUGCACCCAGGCCUCCGUGGUGACCGACGACGGCUUCGCCGAGGGCGGCCCGGACGAGCGCAGCCUGUACAUCAUGCGCGUGGUGCAGAUCGCCGUCAUGUGCGUGCUCUCGCUCACCGUGGUCUUCGGCAUCUUCUUCCUCGGCUGCAACCUGCUCAUCAAGUCGGAGGGCAUGAUCAACUUCUUGGUGAAGGACCGGAGACCGUCCAAAGAGGUGGAAGCGGUGGUGGUGGGGCCCUACUGA